AUGGCUUCCCACAAAGACACAGUCAUUGCAAAGUGGACCGACCAAUUGACCCAAUUGUUUUACAAUAAACGGACAAGACAGAAGUAUACUCUAGCUCGGUUCAAGAACAAGACUUUCAAACCGAAGGACGAAUACGGUAGUUUUAAGAAGCUUAUUAGCCAAUCGGGAUUUGGAUGGGAUAAUAUAAACAAAAAGGUUGUCGUGGAGAAUGACACUGUUUGGGGGUCUCAUAUCAAGGCUAAUCCGAAAUGGGCCAAAUUCAGGAAUGAAUGGCUUCCUUUGUAUCAUCAUCUUUGUAUUUUGUUUGAGGAUACAUAUGCUACUGGGGAGUAUACAACAGGAAAUGUGCAGGAGUUUGUGUCAUCAAAUGAUGGUGACAAUGGUGCUUUUGGUGAAAAUGACGGUGGUAAGGAAUUAGGAGGACGAGAUCCACAGGUUGGAGAGGGGUCGGGUAAUGAAUGCCAAACUGGAGAUGGGUUCGAUAAUGAACAGACAGCUACCCCAACUUGUGAGAAGCACAAGUUGGAUAGGACUCCAAAUUCCAAAAGGAGGAGAAAGAGCGUUGCAUACGAUUUUGCCAGCAUCUGCAAAGUCAUUCAAGAAGCCGUCAAAAUGAAGAUGAGUCAAUCAUCACAUACCUCUGUCACCUCACACGCUCCACAACCUGUAGACCCCUACUCCAUGGGAGCUAUGAUUACCAUCUUGAAAGGCAUGCCGGACAUGGACCCAAGCCUUUACACCAAAGCAAUGAACCAUGCUUACUUAAAUGCUGCUUGGAGAGAGGCUUUCGUCCUUACAGAACCCGGAUGGAGACUUGCACUUUUUAAUUCUAUUUAAGUAGAUAUUUGCAAACGCUAUGAAUUUAUAUAUGGCUUCAUUUCACUGAAGACCUAUGUAUUUGAUACACUUUGGCUUUGUUUUUAUUAUGCUACUAUGGUUAUGUCGUGACUUAUGUCGAUUACUUUGGAUUGCUAGUUAUCCGCCGAUUAUUAUUUAUAUUCCUUACUUAUCAGUAGAUA